CGCAGCGAACUGCAUCGCCUUGCGCGAGCGACGCGCGAAUCACGGCAUUGACAAUGUCGUCCGGAAUCGCGACGCGACGGAUCGGCUGCACCUUGUUGAGCCUGUUGCUCGUGUUCUCCGCGCAGGCGCUCGACCACGACUACGAGGCGUACUGGCGCGACGAUCGGAUAAAAACGCACCCGAGGAACGAUACGAUCCUGAGCAGUCGCGAGCUCCUCCUCGAGCGGCUGAUUCACGUGGAGCCGAAGGCGAGCUACGGCCUGCAGGAGGCGACGGAGCAGCUGCUGCACUACGGCGCGCUACUGCGAACGCAAGUCUUGGACACCUUCGGCAACCUUCUGUACAUCCACUACGACGACUUCAGCGUGCGGGAGGUCGAGGCUGUGCGCAGGGUCUACCGGGAGACCCUCGAGCGGCGCUACAACAUAUUCCAGCUGGCGGUGAGCAUGCUGAGGAAGCCGGACAUGAGGCCUUGGAGGAUCUGCGCCGAUAUCUACGCGGAAGCGGAAGCCUGCCUGAGGAGCAGCGCUGAUGUAUGCCGCGGCAUCAGGAAGCGACAUGACCUGUCACAUCCCGACGACCACCUCGUCAUGCACGCCUCGAAUGUCACGUACUUGGUGUUCCGUUCGUCCAAGAUUGCGAGGCAGUACCCUGGCGGGUUCUCUUUACCAGCAUUGUUGACAUUUCUGCACCGGGGAGUCCUGUCGAUCACGCCCGGCCUGUUGUCUGGGCUUCUUCAUCACGUGAAGUACGACGAUUAUGACGCUGACGUUCUCCUCGCCGAACGGGAGCUCGUACGCCAUUUAAACGAAGUUGCGAGCACCAGCAAGCGUAGUUCUCAGGCCGUCCUGGAGCCGAUGUCGCCGAAGGACCUGAAGAGGCACCAUAGUGUGGCGUCCUUGCUCAGGUACUACAUCAGUAUCCACGUAGAGAGUCUCGCGAGCAACGAGCUGAGGAGGCACGCGCUCCUCAUCGUCAAACACUUGAUCGACGACAUUGGCGUGAUCGAUGAGAAUAUUCACCUGCUCGGCAACGUCUACGAGAACGGCACGAUUCACGUCGGGUAUCUCUUCGACCUGGUGUUGCCUGACGACGUGCUGCACGACGACGUAAUCGAGGCUAAAAGAUACCUGGUAGAUAAGCUGAACGAGCUCGACGUAGUCGAAAGGUACCUCAGGGUGUCCAAGUAUCAACAAGCCACACCAGCUCACCUGCUAAUGGAGAUCACCGGCCAGCUGCAGGAUGUCGGCUUCGCCGAGAACAUCGCGAUGGCUCUUCGGAUACAUGCGAGAUUCUGGCGCAGGAGUUACAUGGUCGAAAGUCUGCACGAGCUGCUUAGGCUGUUCGACGCGUACGAGAACCUGCGACGGGUAGCGCGCUACAAGGACAUAAUGAGGAACCUCGACAAGAUCAGACAGAGUCUGUCUGAUAUGCAGGACGUGCCCGUCGAGAUCCUCUGUAACGCGCCGCGAGCUUGUCUACGGAACGGCCUGCGGAUGCUCUUAGAUUGCAAGCUCGUAAGCCCCGAGAUCAAGGAGCUCAUCGGGGAUUUUCUCAAGCAAUUAUCACCCAAGGGCGCUCCGUUGGAUGACGUGUGCCUGACGAGUUCCAUGAAAGUGAUAAAAUUCCGACGCACGACGGAUAUCCAGGACGUGGAUGUGUCGGAAAACAGCCUCCCUGUGGAGAGCUCCGAGGCUCACGCGGAAACACCGGACUUGGACGAUAUAUCCGAGUUGGAAACGACGGAGAUCGACACGACGGAGCAGGAAACGACGACUCGAUCCACUCCACGGAAAGAGGAGGACGAUCUCAGCGCGGCCAUUACGCAGAAAUCGGAAGAGAGCUCAGAGUUACUCGUUGAAAACUCGGAUGAAACCACGGAGAGGCUUUCAGACGAGACUGGAUCGUCUCUGGAAGAGAGCGUGGAAUCUCCGAGCACGAAGGCGGCCGAGAGUACGAUCUAUGAAACAACUGAACCUGUCUUAACUAUGACGACGACGAGGACGACGACGACGACGACGGCGACAACGACGAUGAUAGACGACAUAUCAGAGUCUCGUCAGGAAGAGACGACCACAGCUGCGACAAGCACAGUAGCAGCGACAACGACCACGACCGCAGCGACUACUACAUCAGCCACGACCGUAGAAGACGAAGAAGUGCCGAACAUUGACAUAGAAUUGGAGAAGAAGUUGACGAUCACGAUGAGCGCAAUUCACGACGAAGACUCGGACUCGGUCGGUGCCACCUCGAUGAGCCCGAUGACGCCUGUCGUGAUCGCUUUGAAGAGCUCCUGCGAAUUGGGUGAGUGCAGUGCCGAGCGAAGCUCGGAAGAGAGCGACGAGCACGAGGACACGUCGACUACCUUGGCGGAAAAUGCAACCACGACGACGAUUGUGCCGACUACGCAGGGUCUCGCUAUCUUCGAGACUACGAGUGAAACUUGGACAACAUCGCCUGGACCGUCGUCGAGCCAGAAGGUCUCGGGGGAGACGACAGCGCCGGUGGCGAGCGAAACGCUCGUCGCUGAAGGCGAGAAGUGCACGGAGUCGUCCUGCUCGGAGGAGUGCGCUGGCUCCAAGAGUGAGAGCGUCGAGUCGCCGAGCUGCUGGCGUACCGGAGACUGCUCGGGCAAGUCUUGCUCAGGCUGCGACUCUUUGAUGGAAGAUUGCGAUGACCAGAGCAGCGACUUCGAGGACUCGAAGACCGAGAGACCAGCGAACAGCACCGGUGUCGAGUGCCGGCCUGAGGUCGUCUGCGAGAAGGAAUCCUCCGCGAAGUUCCCGGCAGGGUGCGAUGCGCCGAAGAGCGGGAGGAGCGACAACGAAAGAUGCGUGAAGGUGUGCGCCUCGCGGGAGAAGGCGCGGUCCUCCUGCGAGGACCAGGAUGGCGACUGCUCAGGCAACGCUGAGCUGCCGACGGUGGAGCUGAAGCUGGAGCGCGCGCGAAAUCGGAGCGUGUGCGAGAUCCCAGACCCUCAUCAUCGUCGGCAGAUGCGGCGCCUGGCGAGGAUGCGAGCGAUCAGCGCCGCGACGUCGCGCCAGGACGACGUCUCUGCGUCGCUGAGGAGGUGGCCACGUCGAGGUCGAGGUCGGCUCGCGACCGAGGAGCUGUACGAGCUCCUGGCGAACAGGCUGCCCCAUGACGAGAGCGACAGGACGAGGACGAGGACGGGGACGGCGGAGGAGCAGCCGUCGCCGGGCGCGAUGAUGAAGAUGAAGUUGGAGACGGGCGGAGGUCGGAAGAAACGUACGUUCGGUCGCAAGCAACGGCACCAGCUGUACACGUUGAAGGAAAAGCUGGCGAGGAGACAUGGCGGCGGAAAAUCGAACACCGCGAGGCAGACGUAUCGAUCGACCAGGACCAGGUCGGCUCGCCGCGGUCACACGGACAGGAUAUCAUCGUCCUCCAGGAGAGACCCGAGGUCGAUCGUCGUCGCGCCGCUUCGCGAAGGCGCGAUGAUGUAUUGGGAUCUGUCGGUGUAAAAUUACGACGUCGUAUCGCACUUAUCGGCAGAAAAUGUCCCGCGGAGGUUAACGAAGCCCCAGUCGAAGUCGGCCAACUGAUUAUGUUUGUGAACAGGGCGUUUGUCGAAUUCGAUUAAAUGAUUACACUGGAGACGUUGAGAUAUUAAUAUAGUCGUCUAUAUUUAACUCGCCGCUAUCGCGCUAGGAAUGAUUCCGCGAUUGAAAACCGCGCCACGGCGUCCGCGGUUAAUUCGCGUUACGGUUAAUGAGCUUUCGAUCGAGAGCUCGCCGAGCGGCGAUUUGCGCUGCGAAUCGGCCCGCUUGAGACGCGCCCUCCCCCUCCCGUCCCUACCGAAUUCGAUUCUAAUGUCGAUACGUUGGAGACCCCCGCGACUUUCGCUGGUCAUCGAGGAUAAUUCUACGAUCCAGUGCGAUUUAUUUGAUUAUUUAUUUAGGGGACAAAUUUCUUCUUGGGAAAGGAAAAGAAAGGGAAAGGGAAAGAAAAAGAAGAAGAAAACAUCACCCCUCCCACACACACACACACGCACAGUAUGCACACAGCACACGUGCGCUGCAUGCACGCACACUCCUCGAUAUCUCCUCGAUCAAUGUGCGGUUAAUGACGUGCAAUGCUGACACAACGGCGUGUUGGAAAUUAAUUCAUUAUCGAAGGGGGGAAGAGAAGUCGCACAUGGAAAUUCUUGCACGCGAACUUGUCGCGCGAGCGGAACGUCAACCAUGUGUGAAAAGUUAUACACGAAAGUUUCAACGGGUCACACGCACGAGCGGAAAGCCGCAAUUAUUGCAUAUUUAUUAAUCACAAGCUGUUUCUCUCAUAGUAGCCGCUCAUAGUGGUCUUCCACGUGGCUUCAGCUCGCUCGAUUAACUCUCAUCGGGCGUUAGAGUCAAUUUGUGACCCUCUUUGAAAUUUGAAAUUUGAAUGGAACUCUUUUCAUACGAUCCAAUUAAGGGGACUGGAGAGUCAGGUUGCUGAAAAA